AUGCCCGCGGGUCUCACCGAACCCCCGGGCGCCGCGCCUCCCGCGGCCGUCAGCGCCUCGGGCGCCGUGACCGUGGCCCCGGCGGCCUUGGGCGCCGUGGCCAAGGCUCCCCUGAGUGUCCGCGCGGAGCCCUUGGCGUCCCAGCCCGCGCGCGCUUCCGUGGGGACCUUGGUGACCAAAGUGGCUCCUGUCAGCGCCCUCCCGAAACUCAGCCUCGGUGGCCCCGCGCUGUCGGCUCCGCAGCUGGUCACCGUGAAAGCCCCCAGCACCACGACCAUCCAGUUGCCCGCCAACGUGCAGCUCCCUCCAGGUACAGUUUUGAUCAAAAGUAACAAUGGUCAGUUGAUGUUGGUAUCACCUCAGCAAGCUGUAACAAGAGCUGAAACCACAAACAACAUAACUUCAAGGCCAACAGCACCAGUAAAUACUCAAACAGUCAAAAUCUGUACAAUGCCGAAUUCUAGUUCACAAUUAAUCAAGAAUGUGGCAGUGGCACCUAUCAAAAAAGUGGCACAGAUAGGAGCUACUGUGACAACUACUGUUCUGAACUCUUCCUCAGUACAAUCUGUCGCUGUGCCUACCAAUGUUGUCACAGUUAAUCCUGCAAAUCUGGUAAAUGCUAUAACCACCCUGAAGCCAUCAAGUUUGGGAGUAUCAUCUACCCCUUCAAAUGAGCCCAGUCUCAAAGCAGAGAACUCAACAACUACUCAGAUUACUCUUUCUCCAGCAAUGCUAGAAAAUGUGAAGAAAUGUAAAAACUUCCUUGCAAUGUUAAUAAAACUAGCAUGUAGUGGAUCUCACUCUCCAGAUAUGGGGCAGAAUGUGAAGAAGCUAGUGGAAGAACUUUUGGAUGCAAAAAUUGAAGCCGAAGAAUUUACUAGGAAACUAUAUGUUGAACUCAAGUCUUCACCUCAGCCUCACCUUGUUCCUUUUCUUAAGAAAAGUGUAGUUCCCUUACGACAGCUUCUGCCUAACUCCCGAAGCUUUAUUGAGCAGUGUAUUCAGCAGACUUCUGGUGAGGUUGUUAUUCCUACCUGUACCACAGCAGCAACAACUUCUCCUGUGGUGACAACUACAGUAUCCUCAGUCCAAUCUGAACAGCCCAUCGUUGUUUCUGGAGCAACAGUACCUGGAACUGUGUCUGUGCAAACUCUGAAUCCACUUGCUGGUCCAGGAGGAACAAAAGCUGGGGUGGUGACAAUCCGUUCUGUAGGUCCAGCUGCUGUCACGGUAGGAUCAACAGCUGGAACUGUUUUGCUUCAAACUUCAAAACCACUUGUGACACCCAUACCAAAUACAGUAACAUCAGUCUCUCUUCAGCCUGAGAAGCCAGUUGUCUCAGGUGCAGCAGUAACAUUGGCUCUCCCAUCUGUGACUUUUGGAGAAACUUCAGCUGCAGCAUUUUGUCUUCCAUCUGUGAAACCUGUUGUUACUUCUGCUGGGACCACACCUGAUAAGCCUGUCAUUGGUGCCCCAGUUCAAAUCAAACUUGCCCCUCCAGGACCUCUCCUUUCACAACCCACUGGUAUUCCACAGGCAGUUAAAGUCAAGCAGCUAGUAGUCCAGCAGCCUUCCGGAACCCUUGCUAAUAAACAAGUGACCAAAAUUUCCCAUCCCACAGCAUUGACCAUUCAGAAACCAGGACAGAAGAAGAUGCCGGUAAACACCAUAAUGCCUACUACUUCCAUUUUAAAGCAAAUUACGCUGCCUGGAAAUAAAAUUCUUUCGCUUCAAGCAUCUACUAGUCCAAAAAACAAAAUAAGAGAAAAUGGGACCGUAUGCUUCAGAGACGAAGAUGACAUCAAUGAUGUACCUUCCAUGGCAGGAGUCAACCUCAGUGAAGAAAAUGCCUGUAUCUUAGCAACAAACUCUGAAGUGGUUGGUACACUCAUUCAGUCAUGUAAAGAUGAACCAUUUCUUUUCAUUGGAGCUCUUGAAAAGAGAAUUUUAGACAUUGGUAAAAAGCAUGACAUUACAGAAUUUAAUUCUGAUGCUGUGAAUUUGAUCUCCCAUGCAACACAGGAGAGAUUACGAGGCCUUCUAGAAAAAUUGACUACAAUUGCUCAGCAUCGAAUGACUACUUACAAGGCAAGUGAAAAUUACAUCCUGUCAAGUGAUACCAGGUCACAGCUCAAAUUUCUUGAAAAGCUGGAUCAAUUGGAGAAGCAGAGAAAGGAUUUGGAAGAAAGAGAAAUGUUACUUAAGGCAGCCAAGAGUCGUUCCAAUAAAGAAGAUCCAGAACAGCUGAGAUUAAAGCAGAAAGCCAAAGAGUUACAGCAAUUGGAGCUUGCCCAGAUACAGCACAGAGAUGCUAAUCUAACAGCCCUUGCAGCUAUUGGACCACGGAAGAAAAGACCAUUAGAAUCUGGAAGUGAGAGCUUAAAAGAUGGCCUUGCUUCUGGGACAUCCAGCCUGACAGCCACCAAACUGUUGCUUCGUCCAAGAAUCACAAGAAUCUCCCUCAGGGACUUGAUAUUCUGUAUGGAACAAGAAAGGGAGAUGAAGUAUUCUCGAGCCCUGUACCUUGCCCUUCUGAAGUGACUACUCUACUCCAUCCAAAGCCUUGCUGUUUACUGCCAAAGAAGACACUAGAACAUUGUCCUAUUGGCCUGAAAUCUCAUUUCUGGAAAUAGUAAUAUGGAAGACCAUUGUUUACAGUUAGAAGCUUUUUAUCAGGUUUUAACCUAUACAGCUCAUUGAGUUCUUAGAGUCUAGCUUCACUUUCUGAAAAUCAGUCAUGAAGUACACUUGACACAGUAGCACUAGCCUACUUGUGCUUAAUUAUAGCAGGUUAGGGCUGUGUUGGUUACUGCCUGCUUCCUUUGCCAAACUGUAACAGUGAAGUGUCUUUCCCUAAUUCAUCCUGUACUGAGAUGCAGGGGUAAGAAGUCCUUAUUUACCAAGAUAACUAUAUUUCAUCCUAUACUGAGCCUGUCUCAAGUUGUUAAGCUUUCUGGUCUAGAACCAGAAGAUGCUUUGCUGACUAUGACAGUCACCUGUAGUUCAAGGUGACAGACCACAGAGUAGGUCCUGUGGUGGCUUGGUGGGCUGAGCCCCAGUGUUGUCAAAAUGAGACGAAAGGAGAUAGUGUGUGCCUGAGGGUGCUAGUUUUCUGGCUCAUGUCACCGUGCGCUACUUCUGACACCCAAGUGAGGGACUUUCCUGUCAGGGAAACCUGCUUAUAUACCUCGUUGAAAACUAAAAGGGAAUGAUGAGGCAUUGCAUUCAGACUGAUGAGGGGGAAAUGAUAAUGGAAUCAUAAAACAGGAAAUGUGCUGCUUAUGUCCAAGGAGGGCGGGGUGCACUUGGAACUCCAAAACACCUGAAAUAAUAGAUUUUGAUGACAGAAGCAAAUCACAACCCAACCAAAAAGGAAACUUUUCUAGUGACAAGAUUGCAAAAGGAAGGGGUUUUUUUUUUUUUUUUUUGGUUGUUUCAUAUUGUUUUAAAUCCCAAGAAGGUUUGUUCAUUCUCCUGUAAAAGCUUUUAGUUUACCUGUAUUUUAAGCAUCUUGGUAUGUUUUUAAAAAUCCUAACUAGUGACCAAAAAUUUUAAGGCUAGGUCUUCCUUUUGGAUUCAAUACUUAACAGGUACUGUCAGCAUCUGUUGUGAAUGUUGGUGCAAUAUGAGAAGUGUGAUACAGUGUAUCCUUUAAAGAAGAAGGUGAUGUGCAAAGCAAUUUCUUUUCUUUUUUAAUUUCACUUGUGCAGAUUGUAGCUGGCAAAAGCAGUGGUAGUUAUUACAGAAAGAAUGGUUAAAUCCUCAAAGAAGUUUGAGUGAAAGAGAAAUGCUGUGCUUUUUAGAAAAGAGAUUCAGGGGGAACAAAAAACUAACUCCAAGUAUGUUAUAUUCUUCAUCCUAUUUUUCCCAUUGGGACUGUUAUGGCCAUAUCCUAUGCAAUAGUAAGAUUUAAAUUGGCCACAGUUUUUGUUUCCACAAGUCAUUAUGUAAAAUGCUAUAAAUUAUGUGUAUGUUAAAAGAAUACUUUAAGAAGAGAUCUAUAUCCAAAGUCAUUUUUGUAUAUUUAAGCCCUUAGCUUUAUUUUUUUGUAAAGUACAGCAUACUCCCACAUUUGUGUAUAUGUUAUCAAUCAGAGAUGUUUAAAAUUACUUUCGAAACUUCAAUAAAAGAAUUAUUUUAUUAUAAGAACAACUGUGCUUAGUAACUGGCUUUGCAAACUGGUUUUCCUUGGUGGUCAAUGAAAGGCUCACCUAAAGCCUCA